AUGCUCCAACGUACGAAUGAUGGAGAAAAUGAAGCUCUGCUUUCGCGGAGGCCAUCGCAUCAGGAGUCAGACGACGCUGAAGUGGCUCAACCCGGGGAGAUCGUUGCUAACCUCACACCGCUGAUUAUGGUGUUUGCAAUCAACGGUCUGGCCACUAUCGCCGACUACGUUGGAUCGACCACGAUUAUCGAGCUGAUGCACGCUCUUAGCUGCGCUGAACACCACGGUGAAAGCUUGUCGUCAAUCCAAUCAGGGCACAAUUGUCAUCUGACGCAGGUAGACGAACGAUUUUCAAACGUCUUUGCUUAUAGCAUCAGCCUGAACAGUUUUGCAUCGUGCAUCUCGGCGCUGGUCAUCUGUCCUCUUGUUAUCAAGCAUCUUGGUCGAGAACGGUCCUUGCUCGCGGCUGCAAUGCUCAACGCUCUGAAUUCAUGGUUCGUAACUUACUUCACGGGAAGAAUUCGAUUACAAGCGCAAAGCGACGGGCCGCGUGAUGGCUGGCACCCAAGUCCAACCUUAUCCAUACACAUGCUUCUGUUUGACGCUGUCUUGUCGGGAUUGAUGGGCUGCGGCACACUGCUCAGCAUCGUCUCGAAUACCAUCAUUCUGGACUGGGUACCCAGUCAGUUGCGGGCGACAUGGCUGGCUCGGUUGACUGCGAGUGUCUCAGCAGGUAUGCUACUCUCUACUCUGAUACUUCAGUCACUCGAUCUCGAGACUGGAUCAGACCUCGUCAUUAAUCUACUCCCUCUUCGCAUCGGCGCCACAGUCUCAGUCGCUACCAUCCUGCUCAGCUUGACCAUCCCGCGCCUCCCGCUGAAUCCAUCAGCAGCUCCCGCCGCUCUUUCAUCCCUAGAUGACCCACUCCAUCCUCCAAGACAUGGCGCAAGCUUUUGGAUCGAGCUUCGUGGCGCCUGCACCCCAUUUCGCUUGCUUUCGUCCAGCUCAAAUCUCACCAAGAUGUUGGUCGCCAGCAUGAUGACCAGUGAAAUUCAUGUUGCCACCAACGUAUACGCUGUCUACGUCCAAUCGCGUUUCAACUUCAAGGCCAAAGAUCUCAGUUUUUUAUCUGGCUCCGUUGGUCUCAUGAGCUGGUUCUUCCUCAUGUUCCUCUUCCCAACAAUUGUAGCCUGGGUACGCAAGCGCAGACUCGCCGCGCCACUCAGCCUCCCAGAUUCCGACAGCGACCGCAUUCUUGCGCUUGGCUCGCUAGCUAUGGACGUCAUCUCCUGGACCCUUGCGCUGGUCGCUGGACUUUGGCGUAGUGUCGCAGGCAUGGCGUUGGGACUGGUCGCUUUCAGUCUAUCGUCAGGUGCUAGUUCAACGAUUGUUGCGCUUGCAACGGCGUUCUUGCCGGCGACGGCGUCAAAUGACGAUCUCGUAGCGCUCUUGUACACAUGUGACAGUGUGAUGCGCACGCUAGGUCCGAUACUCAAUGCAAACAUCUACAGAAUCGGCCUGCAUCUUCAUUUUCCCGAGCUCGUCUUUGUUUUUACGGCCCUCCUGUCUCUGCUGACCAUGGGCCUCAUUAGCACCGUUAGAUUGCCUUGUUCUUAA